GAUAAAAAAUUGUCAAUAAUCCUUAAAGAACGCAACUUAAAUGCUCUACAUGACAUUAUUGAGUCACAUUGUUCUCCUGACUCCCAGAAUAUUCUUGAUAUCCUAUCUUGGCUUCUAAGACAGUUGGCCGAUUCGUCUGCCGAGCAUCCUCCCGGUUUUGGAGAUUUCGCAAAAUCGCACAUCCAGAGUCUUUCGCAAUAUGUAACCUCGAAGGAGUUUCUAGUGAUUACUCUAGGGGAAUUAGAAGGCCGCGGAUCUAUGCAUCUUCUUUCAUUUUCUAUGAGCUUUAUUGAGUCAUGUGCUCUUUCAAUCGGACUAAGUAGUACUGCAGACAUACAAAGCUUAUUUAAUGUUAUACGCAGGAAUAUGCAUCAAAUUUUAUUAAACACUCACAGCUCGCGUUUUUUCAAAUGUGGUGGUGUUUUCACCACGUUUCUCAAGGAUUUUGGAAAGAUGCUUGUGUCUCUGUUUUCUCAAGAUUUGGACAAUAUAUGCCUCGAAACCUAUGCUGAUGACGUACUGUAUUAUUUUGCUGAACCACUUCAGUUCUUGGAUUUUAAUGCUGAUAACAUACCUAUUUUCGAAUCAUUCCUUUCAGUUUUGGGGAUAGUUAUUCCAUCCUUAUAUUCCGCCUGCUAUAAACCCUACCAUUUAUCUUAUAUAUCCACAGAUACUUAUUCUCAUCCUUUUGAGUUUGCUGAUAACUAUACAGCUCUUCUCUUUGUUUGGAACUUAUGUCUUUCUAAUAAGGCCCUUCAUUCAUUUCUUCCAUGUGUUUUUACAAAAUUGUACAAAUACGAAGUGCUUGUAUAUAUGUGUAUUCCGCUUGUGGAAAAGUUGACUAACAAACUUGCUCAGGACAAUUCUCUUUCUCCAAUUGAAACUAAACAGUUAAUACGGGUUCAGAAAGGUUUAAUGAGCAACUCUUCGGAUCUAAAGGAGUGUUUUCCCUCCUUGUGGUGGCGACAACGGGUAGUUUUUCUUAUCAAGAACUUGGAAUCCUUCUGUAAACACCCUAUUAUGGGUAUAAAAAUUCCUAGUGAAAUUGUUAACUGUAUUUCCACAAUUGAGUCUCUUCUUUCUACCGCGACAAUUACAGCUCGCUGCCAACUCUACGCUGAAAUUUUCGAUCAAUCAUCUAAACCUUUUCAUAGUGGUUUUCGAUCUCAUAUGAUUGUCAACUUCAAGAACUUUCUUCACUCUAAUCUGAUCUCCUGGAAGGAGGAUAAGGUUUCGAAAGAGGAGAAAUUAGGAGAAACCUGCGUUGUUCUACCGUAUUACCCUGUUUAUCUGCGCCAAAUAUUUGACCUGAUCUUCAUAUACCCACUUCCUGAUUGUAACGAGAUUUUUAUACAUCAUUUUGGCUGGUUGAACGCAGCUCUAAAUUUCGCUUUUUAUAUAAUCUCACGCUACAAUGGGGUAAAUAAUGGAAACUUCGACGAGCAAUUGAGAAUCAUAAUGCAUGAUGUUGUUCUAGCACUCAGCAGGCCUAGUGAUAAUGGAAGGAGUACUCUGGAAACCAAAUUCCUCGAACCUCUUUAUGAAGCUAUUAUUACAACUUCAAACAAGUAUAAACGAGCAGUGUCAGAAUAUGAGAGCAAUCCGGAUCCAUCCAUGAUUGCACCUAAUGCGCCGUCGCUAUCAAAGAUGAUAGUGUCUGGGUUUCAACGGUGGGUACACAAAAAACUUAUAUUAUUAAUCCUAUUUGUGAAUGAUUGCGGGAAUUUAACGAAUUUCCUCUUUAGGUGCCUCACUUAUGCCUUCACCUUAUCGAGGACGCAUCGAAGAGUUAUCUCAGUAACUCAACGUCGACUCCUUUCUAGUUCUUCGAUUUCUUUUUCAGUCUUUGCGCCUGCUAGAAUGAUACGCAAUCCAAUCAACAGAAUGGCCUUUUCCACUUCUGGCUCAAGUACAGUUGAUGGAUCAACAUCCAUCCCCUACUCAUCCCACAAUAGAGCAGAAAGCGACUCAGACAGUGAUUGCAAUUCAUCCUUCAGGGAAGACGAGGCCGCUUUGGAGCAGAUGUGUGAACGAGCUAUGGAGGCUGCGAUCCCCCACGUACGCACCCUCGGUUGGUCCCGGAGUGCUCUUGAAGCGGCUUGCAUUGACCUCAAUCUUCCUCCCGGUCUCCACACUGUCGCCCUUCCUAGAGGACCUAUAGAUCUAGUUCUCUACUUCUAUGAGUCGAGAAAUCAUCGACUCGCUGAUGUUCUUGCCAAGUGGAGAAAGGAGGAGCCAGGUGCUGAUGGACAGUUGUACAAAGUCGCCAAGCCUAAUAGUUUCGGCUUUGAAGCCCCUCCUCCCUUCAAGACCCAGCAGGAGACCGAUGCUUUCCUCCAUCGUGCUAUUGAGUAUCGACUCCGUGCUAAUGAUGAAGUGCAACCCCAGUGGCGACAAGCUAUGGGCAUUCUCUCCCUUCCUCAAAAUAUUCCCGCUGCUAUUGGCCUCGAGGCUCAACUGGUUGAUGAAAUCUGGGCUCAAGCAGGUGAUCGCUCAGUUGACGUAAGCCAAAAAUCUGUUAUUUCUGCCUAUAUAUCCCUUGAAAUUAUGCUGAUUACUUGCUGUCGAAUAAUGAACUGGUACGCCAAGCGUUUGGGUCUAGCUUAUGUUUACAAGCUUACUGAACUCUUCUACAUUCAAGACACCUCUGCGGAUCACAAGGAGACCUGGAAAUUCCUUGAUCGUCGCAUCAGCGACCUCCGUUCUAUGAAGAAAGCCAAGGUGAGUCUACCUUCUACAAAUGUAGGCAUCAGUGAAUUAUAA